AUUCAUGGCGGCUUGCUUGGCAAACACGAGCGCCUCAACGCCCUGCGCAUAUCCCCCAAAAACGACAAAGAAUCACCAGCGAAUAAAGGGCAAGCCUGAAUAUUCCGCAUUUUCCAUUUCUGUCACCACCUCUCUCUCUCUCUCGAUCGAAAUGCAGAGCACGGCGUUCCGCCUCUCUCCUCCGCUCCCCUCCCUCCGGUCGCCGUCGCUUCACAGCCGCCGCUCCGGCGCCGGUUACGAUGCCGUCCGCGCCUCCGCCGUCGCCGGCUCUCCCGAUGACGUCCCUCCCGGCCUCGCCGCUCGUUGUUUCCCGCCCCGACGCUGGUCCUCCGUCUCUCCUUCCUCCUCCUCCUCGUCUUCGAGGCUCAGGCCGUGGAGCGGCGUGGGCGGUUUCGGUUGCGAACGUGAGGCGAGGAGUCGUUCUCGCGAGGCUCGGGCGACGUCGGUCCCGGAAGCCGCCGGCGACGGCGAGAAGUCCGGGAGCGUGGCGAGGACGUUGGAGCUCGGGCUGUUGUUUGGGUUCUGGUAUCUCUUCAACAUCUACUUCAACAUCUAUAAUAAGCAGGUUCUAAAGGUUUACCACUACCCAGCAACCGUCACUAUGGUUCAAUUUGCUGUGGGGUCUGUCCUUGUUCUGUUCAUGUGGACAUUUAAUCUCUACAAAAGGCCAAACGUCAGUCGUUCACAGCUUGUGGCAAUUGUCCCCCUGGCAGUGGUACACACGUUGGGUAAUCUCUUCACUAACAUGAGUCUUGGAAAAGUAGCUGUUUCCUUCACUCAUACAAUCAAGGCCAUGGAGCCCUUCUUCUCGGUUAUUCUCUCUGCAAUGUUUCUGGCAGAGAUACCAACUCUCUGGGUUGUUGGUUCCCUGGUACCAAUUGUUGGUGGAGUUGCAUUAGCAUCCUUGACUGAGGCUUCUUUUAACUGGGUGGGGUUUUGGAGUGCAAUGGCUUCAAAUCUGAGUAAUCAGUCUCGAAAUGUUCUUAGCAAAAAGGUCAUGGUCAAAAAAGAGGAAUCAAUGGACAACAUCACUCUCUUCUCAAUUAUAACAAUCAUGUCGUUUAUUAUACAAUUCCCUGCGACAUGUUACUUGGAAGGUUUCAAAUUUACUCCUGGCUACUUUGAAUUGGCCGCUAAGAGUGGAUUAAAUGUUAAACAAGUAUUGGUCAGGUCUUUACUGGCUGCCCUUUGCUUCCAUGCUUAUCAGCAAGUCUCCUACAUGAUUUUACAGAGAGUAUCUCCUGUCAGCCAUUCUGUUGGUAAUUGUGUGAAACGAGUUGUGGUCAUUGUCAGUUCUGUUCUUUUCUUCCGAACACCGGUUUCCCCCAUCAAUUCUAUAGGUACCGGCAUUGCCCUCGCUGGGGUUUUCCUUUACUCCAGAGUGAAGAAAAUUAAACCGAAGCCAAAGAUGGCAUGAAAUCAGUUUGGGAAACGCUGUUAGCUUAGAUCUGGAAUUUAGAUAUGCUUUAUCUCAUACAAGCAGCAAUCGAUUUGCUUGUAGGUCUGGCAGAAUUUGCCAUUUGCUUUUACUUUGCACGAGGUUUAUUCUUUUGCAAAACUCAAUAAUUGUAUCCCGAUUGAUUGGCAAUGGCAAGGCCCCAUAAGUUCUCCAUCUUUUCCA